AUGUAUAUUCCAAAUUCUAUGUGGACGUGGUCCUUUGUCAUCGUCACUUUCAUCCAGACUGUCAUAACUCUCGCGCUAGAAUGUUACAUUUUCGCCAACUACCAGAGCCAGCUUAAAGAAAAAGCCGAGGUUGUCACCGCAUCAAAAACGAUCCCUAUUUUCUUAGCGCUCUACAGCUUUGGAUUCCUAUAUGAGCUGGUGCUUGUAUACGAUGCCUUGCGGAUGAAAAACACGAUUCAGGUCAUUGGUUUAUGUCUUUGCAACAUUGGACUCUUGAUCUACGGGGCAGUGCAGGUUCAGCAGGUGAAGGAGGCUGUCUCCAUUCUGACCGACAAUACGGCUAUCAAUAUGGACGUAUGGGGAGAAACCGAGCCUUUCUUGAUCAUCAUUCCAUGCGUCGUGGCGAUGGGUACGGUUCUCAUGGUGAUGGUUGCAUGGAAACUUUAUGAUGAAUUUGCAUGGUCAAUCUACAAGCAUAUCAGUGCUGAUCUGCGAAUGAAGCGUCGCUAUCUCACAUAUCAGAUCUAUGUCGCACUUCUCAAAUUUGAUUUUUUCUUCUUCCUCGGGUUCACGGUGCAGUUCGUCGUUAUCGUCACCGAUAAAGCCGACAUUGAAUUCUCUCUGACCCUAGCUGCUAUACCUGUGACGAUUUUGAUUCUGGUUUGCGCGGCGAUAUUUGUUCGACGUGAGAGCUCAAUCGGAAUGAUCAUCAUCAUCCUUCUUUACUUUGCAGCUAUGGCCUAUUUCCUAUUCAAGCUUGUGCGCAUGUACCAACCAGAAACUUACAAGGACUACCUGCCUGCCCGGCGAUCACUCACGUUCUUUGCUGUCAUCACGAUUGCUCUCAUCAUCAUGACUAUCAUCAACGCUUGCAUGUGCAUGCACAAUUUCCACAAGGGUCUGAAGCCCCAUAUCAACAAAAGAAAGUCGAGCAAGGAGGCGGAGAAGACCACCGAGCUGUCCUCGAAUGUGGCUGGCGCGAUACCCAGUCGAAUGAUGAUUGAUUAA